UUGCGUAGAUGGCACACCAUUCACCAAGGCAGUGAGCAGCACCACAAAGUGACUCGUCUCCAGGAGGCUACUCAUUAUUACUUCCGUGUUUAUGCAUCUAACACUACUGGUUCCGGCAAAUAUAGUCGCAUUCUUCAAGUAACAACGCCUCGCCUUCCACCAGCUCAAGUAAAACAUAGCAUUGAACUCUCGUCUAGGAUUUUUUUUCUUUUAGUCCCUAAAGUCACUGAGAUUUCAUCUACUUCGUGCCGCAUUGACUGGCCUGCCGCCUUACUACCAGGAGUCUUUUCUCAUCAUUACCAUCACAGCUCUCAUCAUCGACAGCGGCCGACCUCUCCAAACGGUCCUCAAACUGACAGCGGUGGCAAAAAGUGCUUAUUGCUGCGUUCGACUACGGCUGAGUCAAUCGCAUACAUACUGCAGUUGGCCCUUGUAACUCCUCCUGCAACAGUCACUGCUGCUGACUUCUCGGCCAAUUUUCUUGGCAUGCCCGUAGCUAGUUCUGGAUUCAUUUGUCUUGAUCCUGUUGUAUCCUCUCAAACUGAGGCUGCCGGAUCUACGCAUUGCCUAGCUGUCUCUGGAGCAUCUCCUACCUCGGCUGGUCCUCCAGUAGCAAUAGUGGCCUUCCGUGGGGCAGAAACUACAUGCCGAAUUUUUGGACUGUUGCCUGGCGCUGAGUACACAGUACGAGUCUGUGCAAUUCGUGUGUGUCGUUUGGCCGGCAAGCCGAGCCCAGCUGGUAUCAAAAUGGCUUCUCAACCUUUCGUACUUUUGCCGAAGCGGCAUAGCCCAGUUGAAUUUUCGGCAAUAGGAGGCGAUGACUUGGAGACUGACGAAGAAAAGGAAGGCUAUGAAGAGGUAGAAUAUGAUACAAGCGAUCUGGCUAGCGACGAAGAAGAAGAGACCUAUGUGGAAGCGGGCUACUAUGCCAAUGUUCUGGGUGACGAAGAGGAAGAUGAAGAACAGAAUAAGGAAGUGAAUAUCAGUCAAGAAGAGAUAGAGGAAGAUCAGGAACAGGGAAUGGCAGAAGAGGAACAAGAGCUAACAGCAGGGAGCUUGAAAGAUUUUGCCUUGGGGCAAGAAAGGACUUGUUUGAAAAACACGGCCAGACGAAGCAAGACCAAAUAUAGCAAUCGGUCCAAGCCCUGUUUGAUUCGAAUCACCGAGAUUAGAGCCGACAGUGUCACCAGUCGGUCUGAGAUAGAUUCCAACCGUCUAAAUGAGAAGAGCCGUAAAGGUAAGCGUCCUGAAAGCUCUCUUGCUCUGGCCUGGAGGGCGGAGAAGCAGUCAAUUCUACAAAGCUAUCAGUGCUGCCAUCUCGCUGGUAUUGCCUUUGGAUCCAUAGAUGAGUCAGUUGGACCAUUUUCUCUCAAUGUCACCUUCAGUACCAAGCGACGUUCCCCGGGUGCACUCAUAUAUUCUUCUGCAUCUCUUGGCCUGUCUAGAGUAUCUCUUUCAUCAACUAAUAUCCCCCCUGCUACAACUGCUGGCAUCACUACUACAUGUUCCGAUUCCUCUACUCUAUCUAGUCUUCCCUUUGGUGUGUUCUUCAGACUUUUCCGGUUUAGUAUUUAUCUAUUACCCGAUGUAUGCCAGCGUCUCUUCGGCUCCUCUACUUCAGUGGCUACCGCCAAACGCUCUCUUGAAAUCGCUCAGUUGACCAAAGCUACUUCGAGUCCCUGCACGACCGCAGCCUCUUCCUAUCAGCAACAACUACUCAUGAUGCUGCAUCAGCAUCAACAACAGCAACAGCAUUUAUCAGGACGUCGCGUUGGCCUUGCAGGAGUGCAAACUCAGCCGGUAAAUGAUCUAUUCGCUGAUCCAAUCGAGCUUGCUUCAGCACCAGCUCCUCGAUCUCAAACCGGCCGGGCUCGACGCUCAGGAACUGGUCACUGGCCCUCCAUAUCAGCCUACUCAUCCUCUGCUCCUAUCUUCACCUAUUCCCCAACCUCCUCAGCUUCUCCCCUCUCACCAUCUUCCUCUAUAGCUUCCUCCAUCCUACCUUCGGGCGUUUCCAACGCUCCUAGUGCAUUCUCCGAUUCCAGUUGGCUGGUCUUGCUGUCAACACGCCUAUCGCCAUCUGGCAUUCUUCGUCGUCUAUCCACUUGUCUUUGGUCUUGGCUCAGCCUGUCUGACCGACAACUUGCCUUUUGUCUCGUCUUUCUCUUUAGUCUAGCCACUCUUGGUAUGGCUUGUGCAAUAAACCACUUCCUUCUUCCACCAGUACCUCUUACUGUUUCAUCCCCAGCUUCAUCGGUACCCUUAUCCAUACCGACUUCCAUGCUUCCGUCUACUUCUAAGCAUACUUCGACGUUAACCGAGAACUCUGUCGGAGCUAGUCUGAGAGCAGGUGUCGGCAUCGGUAUCGGAUUUGGAGGUGGUCUACUAGCAGCUGCUAGAGUAGCUGGGCACCAUGAUGAUCAGCCUGCUGACAGACAAGUUGGCUUUCAAUUCGAACAACACAUGAUCCGUUCGAAUCCAUUGACUCAGCCAGGCUUCACAACUGCCCCCUCACUUGCUGAUCCGCAUCUCGACUCUUUCACUUCUCUUUCUCCUUCCCAUUCUGUGGCUACUUUCAGUAUUGACGGAGGCUUUGCUUCUUCGCCCAGGGGACGUCGAUCCACUUCUCGACCACACUUUUUGCGUCCACGUCCUCAACUUCGAGUGACGCCAGUCGACCAGCUGCAUUCUUCGAGGCAUACUAAAACUUACGAGAACCCCCGCCGAAGCCGUGUAGCCAUGUUUGACUCGCCCGCAAUCCAUAUGGACUGA